AUGCUGAAGGAGAAACGACCGGUGAAGCCGGUCAGGCAGAUGACGUUAGACACACCGAUAAAGCCUGAUCAUGCACGAUUUGUUUGUAUCGGAUGCACUCACGGAGUAAAAUUUGACCCGGCUAGUGUUCCUCCUGGUGAUGUUCUCCUAGUCGCAGGAGAUUUCACCAACUGUGGCUUGCCGAGUGAAGUACAUUCGUUCAAUAAAAAACUCGGACGUCUUAAACACGCGUACAAAGUUGUUAUUGCUGGAAAUCACGAGUGCACAUUUGAUGAUGAAUUUUUACGAUCAAAACGUGAGGUUGGAGCAAAAGAAUUGGCAUUGAAGCAGGCUCUACAAGCUUCUCUGUCCUCGGUAAAAAUUUCUUCUUCAAAGCAACCUCGACUUGAUAACUGGGCAUUCAAUCUGACGAGAGGUCAGGCUCUGCUCGAGAAAUGGAACCAAAUUCCAGCCGCUGUUGAUGUGUUGCUAACUCACACCCCGCCUCUAGGUCACGGCGAUAAGAUGCGAGACGGACGACGUUUGGGCUGUGUGGAAUUGCUGAAUUCUGUUUGCAAGAGGAUCAAGCCGAAGUACCACGUUUUCUCACAUGUUCAUGAGGGCUAUGGCUGCACUUCUGACGGCUAUACUAAAUUCAUAAAUUGUUGUAUAUGUGACGAAAAUUUAAUCGCUACGAAUAGUCCGAUUAUUUUCGACAUCCCAGUACAUCAGCAAACAAAGCAGUUCUACUUGCAAAACGUGAAGAAGAUCAUGAAGCGAUACAAUCGACCCGAGAAGAAAUGA